AUGCUCGAGGACCCCGUGGCCGCCCAGUACAUCGACGGAACGGCCGUGCACUGGUACUCCGAUCAGUGGGUCGGUCCCUCGGUCAUGGACGAGACGCACAUGCUCUUCCCGGACAAGUUCCUGCUCUACACCGAGGCUUGUGAAGGCUGGGACGCCCCCGCCGAGGACAGCGUGAGGCUCGGGCAGUGGAGUCGGGCUGAGAAAUACGCUCAUUCCAUCUUGGAGAACAUCAAUCACUUUUCGACGGGUUGGGUUGACUGGAACAUGGCGCUGGACAUGGCUGGUGGACCGAACUGGGCUGAUAAUUAUGUGGAUUCCCCGAUUAUCAUCAAUGCUGACGCCGACGAGUUCUACAAGCAGCCCAGCUUCUACGCCAUGGGCCACUUCAGCAAGUUCGUCUUCCCUGGCGCCAAGAGGGUGUUCUCUACCACCGUGUCUGAGGAGGACGUCGAGGUGGUGGCCUUCCACGAAACCGGGGGGAGGAACGUCUUGGUUUUCCAUAACAGGGGAGAGGAAGCGAAGAACCUCACAGUCACAGACGAAACCGGAAUUUACCUCAAUUUCCCCAUUCCAGCCAAGGCUCUCCAGACCGUUCUCUAUUAAGAGGCAAAGAUUCAAGGAGUGACUUAAGUAAUUGCAAAACUCCCACAAUAUAGUUGAGGGUAACUAAAGUAUGGAUAAAGUCACCCAAAUGGAGUAAUCUCUUUAUUAUGUAUGUCUUCGAAUUAACCAAAAAACAAGGUAUUAACGUUUAUGUAAUAUUUACGUACAUAAUAAACAGGGAAAUAGAAUAUGACAUUCCUUGGUGCUGCCAAAUAGCGCGCGAAUGAGGAACAUUUUAAAAUAUUGUGAUUGACAGAAACAAGAAAUGAUAAUAAAACAGGUUGAAGAUG